GCGCCGCCGACGUCUCACACAGCCUGUCACUACGGCCCACCGCAGACCAGAGGGGAUGGAGCCCGCCAGCCUGGUGUCCGCCGCCGCCUCGCUGCUGCUGGCCGCGCUCAACCUCACCUUCCCCCCUCCACCCGGCAGCCAACCACCGGCAGACCCGGCGGUCUGCGCCACCAUGAUGGACGGAUGCAGGGAUUACGGCUUGACGUGCGAGAUGCACAAGGUGGAGACUGAGGACGGCUACCAGCUUACAGCUCACCGCGUUCUAGUUCCGCCGGGCGUUCCCCGCCGUGGGGCUCUGCUGGCCGUUUCAGGGCUCAUAGGUUGCUCUGACGCCUUCCUCCUGCCCUACCCCGAGACGUCUAUGCUGAAACCUUUGUCCAACGCGGGGUAUGACGUCAUGCUGGGAAACCUGCGUGGGUCCGCCUACGCGGGCCACAGGCGCUGGUCACACAGCCAGCCAGAGUACUGGCGCUUCAACCUGGACGAAAUGGGCGAGUACGACCUGGAGGCGCUGGUGGGGCUGACGCAGCGCGUCACGGGCGACGCGCGGCCCUUCUACCUGGGCCACAGCUCAGGAGGGGGGGCGCUCUACACGUGGCUGCAGCGCCGGCCACGUGCACACCACGUGCUCAGAGGCGCACUGCUCUGGACGCCCUCCGUCUUCUACACCGAGCCGCACAGCACCAUCUUCAAGAUUUACAAUCUCCUUCCGGAGUCCCUAGUGAGGGCGCUGUGGCAGGUGCCAGGUGACAUGUUGCCCCGAUCUCGCGCCACUGCGGACAUUGCAUGGCGAAUGUGUAGAUCUGGAUCACCCCUGAGGAAUUUCUGCGAGGCAAUGUAUCAGUUCAUAACUAACGCAACUCUGGAUUCAGCUGACAUGAACCGGCUGCCCGCGAUCGCUGCGCACGCCUCCUGUGGCAUGCCCACCACCACAAUCGCCCACUACCUCCAGAACAUCAGGGCCAAGCGCCUGCAGGCGUUCGACUUUGGCCGGGAGGAGAACCUCAGCAAGUACGGCAGCGAGCGGCCGCCGGCCUACCACGUCGCCAACUCGACGCUGCCCACCGCCUUCUUCCUCGGGACGCGCGACCGGCUGGUCUCCUUUGAGGAAGCUAUGCGGCAGAUACAAAUGAUUCCAAGCAACGUCAAGAAGAUGGUGGUACCACUGGAGGGCUAUGGCCACUUCCAUAUCCUCUUUGACAAGAAUGUACACGGACUCGUCCAUGAGAAGAUGUUAAGCUUCAUGUCAGAGCUUUGAGAACAGAAGCUUGAAAGGAAGAUAUACAAAGGUUAGAAUAUUAGAAGCAGAUUAUUGAUGGUGUAGUGUAUAGUGUAACAACAUUAGUACCUGAAGAAGAAUGAAGCCAGUCAAGAGACUGUAGAUCUUAAAACAUGAUGAACUGCGUGUGGUCCAUUUUGCAUGUUUUGUGUGGUUCAUAAACUGUACAGCACAGACAUGUGUCCAGCAAACAAUUAGUGAAGUGUAUAGAGAAUUGUAAACAAGGGAUCUUGGUAACUAAAAUUUAAAUUUGUGUCAUUUGCACUAAUAACAAAUUCCUUACAAUAAAGGUAUUUACUCACAUGUUAAAUAUCCAUUACCCUUCACACUCUUCUAUCAUACUAACCGAACUUGUAUUAUUGUUCUAAAGUUGUUAAUGCUGUAGUGUGUAUUCACCACAUUAACAUUACUGCCACU